ACCAGCCGUCCGAAGCUCCAGGCAGUUCUUGUGUUUCGCGGACUCUGAGGAAAAAUCGGGCGGAGAUUCCUCCGCUGAUUGCCAGGCCUCCGGGGCAGAGGAAACCGAGACUCCCAGACAUGGACAGCCGCCUGCAAGAGAUUCGGGAGCGGCAGAAGCUACGGCGACAGCUCCUCGCCCAGCAGUUGGGAGCCGAAAGUGCGGACAGCAUUGGUGCUGUGUUAAAUAGCAAAGAGGAGCAGAGAGAGAUUGCUGAAACAAGGGAGACCUGCAGAGCUUCCUACGACACCUCUGCUCCAAAUGCAAAACGUAAGUAUCAGGAUGAAGGAGAGACAGAUGAAGACAAAAUGGAAGAAUAUAAGGAUGAGCCGGAGAUGCAGCAGGAGGACGAGAAUCUGCCGUACGAGGAGGAGAUUUACAAAGACUCCAGUACUUUUCUGAAGGGAACACAGAGUUUGAAUCCCCAUAAUGAUUACUGCCAGCAUUUUGUAGACACCGGACAUAGACCUCAGAAUUUCAUCAGGGAUGUAGGUUUGGCUGACAGAUUUGAAGAAUACCCCAAGCUGCGGGAGCUCAUCAGGCUGAAGGACGAGCUAAUAGCGAAAUCUAACACUCCUCCUAUGUACUUACAGGCAGAUAUCGAAGCCUUUGACAUCAGAGAGCUCACCCCCAAAUUCGAUGUGAUUCUUCUGGAGCCCCCUCUGGAAGAGUAUUACAGAGAGACUGGCAUCACUGCUAACGAGAAGUGCUGGACCUGGGACGAUAUUAUGAAGCUGGAGAUAGAUGAGAUUGCAGCACCCCGGUCGUUCAUCUUCCUCUGGUGUGGUUCCGGGGAGGGCCUGGAUCUUGGAAGAGUGUGUUUACGCAAGUGGGGUUACAGAAGAUGUGAAGAUAUUUGUUGGAUUAAAACCAAUAAAAACAAUCCUGGGAAGACUAAGACUUUAGAUCCAAAGGCUGUCUUCCAGAGAACAAAGGAACAUUGCCUCAUGGGGAUCAAAGGGACUGUGAAGCGGAGCACAGACGGGGACUUCAUUCACGCCAAUGUUGACAUUGACCUGAUCAUCACAGAGGAACCUGAAAUUGGCAAUAUAGAAAAGCCCGUGGAAAUUUUCCACAUCAUUGAACAUUUCUGUCUUGGCAGAAGACGCCUUCAUCUGUUUGGAAGAGAUAGUACCAUUCGACCAGAUCGUCCAGGAGCUGUUGUGUUGAAUGAAGAGAUGCGUAAAUGAGUGAAUGAUCCUGCAGAAAAUACCGUUCAUCAUGAAAUGCAGGUCUUGGCUUUUUUAGAACUAAAACACCUGGCUUAUUUCCUUACGUGUACAGUGGUGGUAUCUUUUCAAAACUUUACUAAUUCAGUGCAAUGUGGGUUCACUACUGAAAAGAUGAGAAAAAUGUGGCCCUUAUAAACUAGGGCUUUUUAGAGGGCACAGCUUUUAUUUAUAGUAUAUUUCGUUUCCUUUAUUUCUCCAAGUGUGACAGUAACUGUUUAAGAACACUGUCACCUCAGUCCACGGCACAGAAAGUCAGUCUGGGGGGGCCUUCCCAGGUUAGAAGUACUGUUUGAAGAUGGAAGGAGCCAGAAUCUUGUGUGUUUAAAACAGUCUCCACUUUAUAAAUAGUAAGCAAAGUUGAAGAAGUUACAGGAGAAUAGUUGGCCUUAGAGUUUCCUGAUCUGUUUGGGCCUAACUUAGCGUCUUACCAUUCACGUGACCUGUUCUGGGUUCCUCCUUUCUCUUGCUUCGGGCCUAAUGAAGAGGGCUGUAAGCUUUGGGGUGUGGCCAUGCCUCCGUAUUGAUCGUCCAGGCUAUGGCUCUAGUGCUUGGGGAAACAGGAACAGAUUUUCUCUUCCAUCAUUGGCCACACAGUAGCUCCCGAAUCUGGGAACACUCUCCAGUGGCAACUGCUGUUUCACGGAAGUAAGAACUUGAGAGUUUUUGAAGAGUAAAGGCAAAGACCAUAUAGAUGGUAAUCUUUUAAUCGAAAAAUCAGUGAACAGCAUGAAAGGAAAUUUUAGGAAAAAAAGCUUCAUUCUCACCACCUCCAAGGAUUAUUUCCAUUUUUACAUACUUUCCAAUCCUGUGUAUACAGAGUUUUACAUAGUCGUAGUCAUCAUUUUGUGCUUUUCUCAGUAUUAAGUCUGUUGUCAAGUCUGUUUCUGCAUUUUAAAUAACUGUCAUUUUAGUGGCUUUAUAGCAUUAGGCAGAGAGAACAGAUCAUCAUCAGGUCACAGGUAUUGGCAUAAGCAGCACGGAGGUCUUUGCUUAGUGCCAGUUUUUAGUCAUGACACUCCGUGGGUUCUCCUCCCUGGAGUUGUGGCCUCUUACCCACGUCACUACCUACAUUCUCUCUCCUGCGAUGUCUCUCCACCUCUGUCCACCAGCUGAACAAAUCUCAGAGGCACAAGUUUUACUUUUUGCUUGAAAACUACCAUCUGAUUCUUUACUGUUGCCUGUUCUUGCAAAAAGUUAUUUUAGUGUUAGCUCAGUAAGUCAGAACUAGGAAGGAAAAUCUGCUGGGGGAGUUACGUGCAGAAAGGGCUUAACCACAUAAACGACAGUAGGAGCACCUGAGAGACUGCUCAGGGGGCCUCACUUGAUUGGGGCUAAAUCCUCACUUGUUCCUCAGGAGGUAGUCUGGGCAGGUCUGGCGUAUUUUAAGGGGUGGAAAGUGCUGGGUCAGCACAUGGGGGGGGCUGUUCUGCCUCCUCAGGCCCCUUUAGAACAUGGAACAAAACGCCCACAGUGACGAGUUUGCAGGUGGGAGGGAGGCAGAGCCCCUCGCACUUCACUCUGCAAAGACUUGCAUGUGUGGCCACGGGAGAGGAGAUGUGGCCUGGAAGAGAGAGUAUUAGCUCUUGUUAAACUUCCACGCUUUCUCCUUACCCGACUCAUGUGUGGUCUCUAACAACACUGACCUUCCCUUGACCAGCUUGGAGGGAGCCAGUGACACUGGGCUCAGCUGCCCUGAGACCACCUUAGCUGGGGGCUCUGAUCUGAGGGCCCCUCCCUGCUCACCAAGGUGUCUGCUAAUGGCAUAGAGGGAGCGCAGUGUUUUACCUGGUAUUUUUUUCUUUAAAUAGUACAAAUCUCACUGUAUCUGUGCACUGAGAUACUAAUGGUGUGUUUUUUUUAAAGGAACAAAAAUGGCUACUACAUUUUGGAAUGUGUGUUAUUUUAUUAUGUAUCUAAUCUGAGAAAUAACCUUGAGGGUGAUGGGGCAGAUGCAGAACCUAAUUCUUAGGGAUCACCUGCCUUGCCCUUGCGGGAUCCCGUGUCCCCUGUAGCACUCAGAGGUAGGUUCCCAGUCCCCAGAAACCAUCAGCUGUAGGAGUCACCACACCUGGGAACCCAAAAGCAUGGCAGCCAUUGGGCACGUGCAGUUCACUGUAAGUCUUGCAUUCCAGGGCUUUCACCGGUGAGGGCUGCCUGUGGUGGAAGCAGAGCUGUGCGCAGUGUGGCCACAGCCUCUGGCCCCAGGACUGCCGUGGGGACUGGGCAGUGAGGGACCCGCUGGUGGAAGCAGAGCUGUGCGCAGUGUGGCCACAGGCCUCUGGCCCCAGGACUGUGCCGUGGGGACUGGGCAGUGAGGGACCCGCUGGUGGAAGCAGAGCUGUGCGCAGUGUGGCCACAGGCCUCUGGCCCCAGGACUGCGGUGGGGACUCGGAGAGAGAGGUUGCCUUCAUUUCACUGGAGGUGCUCCUUGAGCUGCGUGUUGAGGGGACUGUCAGCCAGCGGACGGGAGAGAAAAGGGGCUGCGGUGGAGCUGAGCACGGGCAGGCGCUGUGGGGUCGCUGCUUCCUCAGGGCGCUGUCCUGGACCCAGACUGGAAAGCUGGGUCAGCCUCCUUGGAACAGGCCUUGAGGCCACUGGGAUCGUGGGAAAGCCCAGGAGGCGCCCCGAGAGGCGACAGCCCGAGCUUGCUGCAGGCUCCGGCUCUCAGGGGCGGGCUG